AUGUUCAUUCCGCAGUAAGUCUUAGACGCGUGUGGCCGUGAAUAUUGUAGACAAUAUUGUGUGGAUGACAGCCAAGACUAUUUACGGACUUCGGAACUAAUUAUAAAUUACCAUGAAUUCAGGCUGGCUAGCAUGGGAGUGUAUUAUAUUUGCUGUUUUUGUGUGUGCGUCCUCUUGCGCCCCUCUGUGGAGGAGAAAGAAGGACGCGACCGCCGCGGGAGGGAAUGCCAAACGAGCCUAUAUCUUCGCGGGGGGAGGGGUGUCCAUUCUAUCAAUGAUGCUGUCCGUCUCUCGAGGAACUUUGGGAGUUAGAUCCUUCUUGGGUUUCCCAUCAGAGUUUUUCUACUUCGGAUCAGCAUUGUGGGAGACCUUGUACGGCAUGAUCCUUGCGUUUCCUGUCGUGUGCUGCGUCUUCAUUCCAGUCUUCUUCAGGUUGCACACCAAUUCAGUUUACGAAUAUUUAGAGCUGAGGUUUGGCUCCAAGGCAAUAAGAAGGAUAGCUGCAGCAACUUUCCUGCUACGCCAGGUGUUGAACCUGGCCGUCACGGUGUACACUCCUACUGUGGCCUUGCACGCAGUCCUAGGCCUUCCGCACUGGGCUUCAGCUGCUGCAUUGACAAUCGUUGGAAUCAUAUUCAACGUUUUGGGAGGACUAGCAGCGGCUAUCAGAGCCGACGUGAUACAAACAUUAGCCAUGGUGAUUGUGAGUGGAGCCUUCAUCAUCCAGGGAACUGUCAAGGUCGGAGGAAUAGGACAGGUUGUACAAGACAAUAUUGAUGGUGGAAGACUGAAUUUCUUUAACUUUAAGUGGGAUCCGACGAAAAGAGUCGAUACGUACUCAGCAAUUUUCGGACAAUUAUUUAUGUCUGUUUCUAUAUACGGCUGCCAACAGACUUUUGUGCAACGUUAUUGCUCUAUGAGCAGUGAAUCUAAAAUCCGAAGAACACUUUUAUCCAAUGUCCCAGCAGUGUCAGUCCUCUUCAGCUUAUCCUGGGUCGUUGGAAUGGUCAUUUACGCCAUCUACAAAUACUGCGAUCCAUUGAUGAGUGGGAAAAUUAGCGCUCAUGAUGAAGUUCUCCCGUUUUACGUCCAAGAUCAGUUCGGGUUUCUUCCUGGAAUGCUGGGACUGUUUUUGGGCAGUCUGUUCAAUGGUGCUCUUAGUUUCCUGGUAUCCAACAUGAACUCGCUAUCGACAGUGACAUGGGAGGACUUUGUGUCUGCCGCUCCAGCAUUCAGAGGUAUAACGGACAAGCAACAGCUGACGAUUAUCAAGAUAAUUGGAGUAAUUUAUGCAUUAAUGAUAAUGGGCCUAUCACUCUGCGUUGGGAUGGUAAAUGGCGUUAUUGAAGCUAACCUUUUGGUAACCUCUGCGACUUCUGGAGCUCUGCUGGGAGUAUUUCUUCUGGGUGCGUUAUUUCCAAUGGCAAACGGAAAAGGCGCUUUGUGUGGUAUGAUCAUCUCACAAGUGGUCACUACUUGGAUGGCUGUAGGGAGGUUACUGUAUAUCAAUAAAUCUGUCGCCUCACUUCCAGUAUCAGUCGAGCAUUGUUCAAAUACCACACUCAGCGUGUUGAAGCCGUUGGCUGUUGUGGCCAAUCAUACCCUCACUCAAUAUGCUCCAAUAUUUGAUGCAAUAGACAGUACUCAUCCACAGAAAUCUACUUCGGAAAAUUUUAUGCAAGAGAUAUUUAUGACAAUCUAUUCCAUAUCUUAUAUGUGGUACGCUGUUAUUGGAACUUUUACUUGCGUUGCCAUCGGCAUUAUAAUUGGCUACAUAACCGGCAGUGAAAGUGAUCAAUUUGAUGAAAGACUGCUACACCCAUUGGUGGCGAGAAUUGCUCGAAAGAUGCCCGGAAAGCAACGUAUAUUUUCAACGCCAGACAGAGAAAAGACUACAGACGAAAAUGAGACGUCUGAUAAAACUUGUGAUACGACGGUUGAUGAUAAACCAUCUGUUAUUGUUCCUGUUUUUACAAGUCAAAAUAGUAUAAUAUUUGAAGAUCUGACUUCAACAAAGACUAGACUAUGAUUGUAGUUUACUUAUAUUCUGUUUGGAACAAGAAAUAAAAUACUUGAAGUAAAGUUUUAAUUAUGUUCAAUGGGACUACCUUAAGUUAAAAAAGGUGCUCUUAGUGAAUAGAAUUUGUUUAAACUAAAAUUGCUCAGGAAUUUUAAAAAUUUGAAUAAUUUAAGUAACUAAGUUAUUUUGUAAUUGUGAACUAAUUAGAAGAGUUAGGCAAUUAGAAUGUAAGGCAUUUACGUUAUGUUAGCAUUAUGUAAGUUGAUAUUAAUUGUAAGUUAUACCACUGAACGACUGACAAUCACGCUCAAAAAUUGUCUGAAGGAAAACUCUGUGUUCGUGUCUAUGGGGCUGAGUUUUAUAUACAACGCCACGCAAUGAAUAAGUUUUCAUUGAAAAACUGUCUAAAUAACAUCAUAUACAAACUUAAAAAGGAUGUAGAAUCGUUUUUUAGGUAAGUGCCCCUUUAAAUUAUUAAAAUGAGGUGCUUAACUUGACGUUUUUUGUUUAGAAUUAUAUUUUAAUUGGUAAAACAAAAUACAUCGCCAAUGUUUUAAUAUUAUCUGUAUAAGUUAAUGUUAACAUUAACGUUAAUGAUCGACGACGAACAUAAAGUUAAUGUUAACGAUCUUUUAAUAGGCGAUCGAGAGUCUAGUUCUUUAUUGUACGCCAAUGUUUUACAGUAAUUUGUUAUAGUAAAAUGAACCCUAUUGUUAUCCAAUAUAGCCAGACUUAAAACAUAUUAAUAUUUAUUGGAAGCUACGAGUAUAUAACUACUUACUUAAAGUUAUAUGCAUAUAGAACGUCAGUGGUUAUAAAAGCUAAUAUUGAUGAGGUUGUUUUGAAAUUAUAAAUAUUAUGACAUAUACAUUAAUAAAAAAAUAAUUGGGGUAUGAAAAAUAGAUGUUGGCCGAUUCUCAGACCUACCCGAUAUGCACACAAAAUUUGUUAAAAAUUGAUUCAGCCGUUUCGGAGGAAUUUGGUAACAAACAGCGCGACACGAGAAUUUUAUAUAUUAGGUAUAAAAUAGAGCAAAAGACGAUAUAUUAUAUUUUAUUAAAUUAGGUUUAAUAUAAUAUUUAAGGUAAUAUGCUAUAGAAGCCUAAUUUAGUACUUUUAGGAUUGUGUUUGAUAUAACUUGUAUAUAUGUAAUUAUGAUGAAAUAAUGUUAUUCUUGGAAAACAAAUGCCAAGUUGAGUUAAACUUUGUGGCGUGAUUUUUAUAAAAUUUUAGUAUAAUUAUUGUACGUCAUUAUGAAAAGUUAUUUUUACAAUAAUUUAAUGUAUAAAAUUUGUACAUAAAAUUAUUAUUUUAUUGCGAUUGACGACAGUGCCGAAAAAAACUGUGAAAAUAUAUUUAAGUUUGCGUCACCGACAUGCUAUUAUAUAUGCUGGUCUGCUGCUAUUAGAAUGAUAUUAGGUGAUUUUUGGUGUUUAUUGUUUGGCUAAAAUAUGUUUAGUUUGCCAUAGAUUUAUUGAUAUUUGACGAAUCUGUAUUAAUUGCUUAAAAUUACGAAUUGUUUUGAGUUAUAUUAGAAUAAUCUAGUUGUAAGCUAAUUAUUGCUGGUAUUAAAAUUAAACUUUCAGACAUUAAAAUUAAAUAAAAUCUAUUAUAAUUAUUUAUUUAACUUAUAUUUCUUAAAUAUGCGACUUUUUUUUUAUAUUUUAUCGAAUAUGUUUAUAAGAAUGUAGAUUAUAAAUCUGACAAUAGACUAAUUAAUAAUAUAACGAGAAAUUAAUUGCGGUAGAUGAGUGACAGAAAAUUAUCUCUACAUAUAAAAUAUACAAAGCCCUCAACCGCGUCUGUCUGUCUGUUUGUUCACAGUAAAGUCAAAAACUACUGCAAAUAUAUUCACGCUGUUUUCACAAAUGAAUAGCAUGGUUCUCGAGGAAGGUUUUAGUUUAUAACUUGUUAAGUUUUUGUAUACAUUUUGGUAUAUAUUAACGAAAUUUGUUGGAGAUGUCUGAAAAAUAAGUGUUUUCGUUCAAAACUCAAAACUUACAAUAUAGUGGCGUAUAGACAAAGCAUUCCCAAAAGAAGAAUAUGUGUAAAAGAGAUAGCAAGACAGAAAAGGAUGGAAACUUGUGUUACUGUAACCUACAACCAGUGGGAGGCUCCUUUGUACCGGAUGCCGGCCAGCUUAUGGGUACCACAACGUCGUCACUUUCUGCCGUGAAGCAGUAAUGUGUAAGCAUUUCUGUGUUUCUGGUCUGAAGGGCGCCGUUGCUAGUGAAAUUACUGGGCAAAUAAGACUUGACAUCUUAUGUCACAAGGUAACGAGCGCAGUUGUAGUGCCGCUCUGAGCGACACUGUAUUGUAAUGGGCAGGGCGUAUCAAUUACCAUCAGCUGAACAUCCUGCUCGUCUCUUCGCUUAUUUUCAUAAUUAAAAACCGAUUUUUAUUGACGACGAUAGAUGGUAUUAGCUGUUUUGUAUUUUGAAUAUUAAACUAGCUAACAGACAUAUCGACAAUUAAAAAUUGGUCACUAUUUAUCGAGUUGUCACAUUGUCUUUACGUUAGUAUAUUCUAAGUCUGUGCUAUAAAUGUAUAGCGUUGUAUAUGUGAGCGUAGAUACACAUAACUGAAAUAACAUAUAUUAUAUUAAUAUUUUUGAGAGUUAGUAUAUAUGAGUAUAGCCGAUAUCCUACAAGAAUUGCUUAUAAAUACGGCUAAAAAUACUAAGUUUUAUAUAAUUAUUCGAGUAUAGUAUAUGAAAGUCCACGUAUAAAAGAUUGCCAUAUGUGAUAAUUAGCAGUAUUAUGAAAUUAAAUGUAUUCCUUAUUUAUUAUUAAAAUUUUGUAGUCUAUGUAAUGAAUGAAGGUAUUUUAAUAUUGAAAUGAUAUAAUAAACAGUUAUAUUGUA